UUUCAUAUACACAUUCGCCUUCAUCUCUUCAAACAGCCCCACUCUCUCCACUGCGGAAGAGCAGAGCAGAUUCAAACUAUUCAUUCUACGUAAUCAAUCAUAGUGUAAAGUUUUGUUCGAUUGAAUUGCUUGGAAAUGGAUGCGGGUUCGAAUGGGGAGGAGCCCGUGUCGUGGGAUGAACUCUACAACAUAAAUUUGAUGCCUUCGGAGUUGUUUUUGAAGUUUAGAAAAGAGGUUCAAGGGGUGCGGGUUGGACUCAACUUGGAGUUCUAUAAUGCUCCAGUGAAUGAGUACCAGGCAAAGCUGGUGUUGAAGCCUCUAUCCCCAGAUCGGAGGUGGAAGUUCAUAUACGAGCCUGUACAUCAUGAUGUGCAUAUUCUUUCCAAAAAGAUCCCCAUAACCAAAUUUCUGAAUCUCCAGGUUGGCGUAGGUCAUAGUUUUCAGUUGCACACCACUGGUUGGAAAUGGAAGCUUACUACAUGUUUGGGUGGAAAUGGCAUAUCUAGGAUUCGUAAUAAGACAUCACUUGGCUUGUUCCCUGGCCUGGAUUUUCGAUUUGGGUGGACGGCUGAUUAUGUUCUUCCAGAAAUUACAGGAGCUGUCGGCACUGGUGAACCAUUGUUCAACAUGAAUUCAGGACGGUUGCAAGCAUCAUUAGAUAGAGUUGAGGCCAUUUUAACCCAUACAUCAUCAUAAAUAAUAAUUGUCAAAAGAACCAGGUAUGCAAAGAACCAGGUAUGCCUAUUUGUUAACUCCUUUGAGAAGUAUUUUGAGAUGGCCAUUAGAUGAUAUCUUAGUGGGGUUCUCUUAACAAUUAAGCCAAUAGGACAUGAGUUCAUUUUGAAACCACAAGAAAAUCAAAUUUCCAUCUUGAUUUUUCUGAAUAUUUGAAGUGAAAUCUUGUAUUAUUUUUUCCUGUAAAAGCAUGAAUGGUUCUUUUUAUUCUAGAAAGAGUUUUGCAGUAUGAGAAUACAGAGAUCUCAAAUAACCCUAUUUCUAUUUGCUACUGUCAUUUUCUUGAUGAGUUCAUGUUACAAUAUUAAACUGUGCUGAUUGAGUUCCUUAAAUACUGAAAUCGUCAUCUCAUCUCCUUGUGGCCCAUACUUCAGAUAUCAAUACUUCUUAUCAUUUAUUUCCUCUAAUAGAAUAAAAAUGGAUCAUUUUUUGUUCUGUUAAGUCUUUAUUUUAACAUCAUAUUGUCCUUAAACCAUGUGAUUCAGAUGAUCAGGUAGGAACUCAAAAACAAAGCAACUGCUAUUGGAAAUACUCCAUGCGCACAAAAAGGGUUGCUAUCAUAAUCACUGCUGGAGUUGCAAUACUUUACUACGCCCUAUGGUCCCUCGACAUGGAAUUGUAUUGCCAUUGAUGGGGAUGUGCACAAGCAGAAGAGUCAUCAAAUCAAACAUUGUCUUGCUAUGUGUUGAGCAUUUCCCACUAUGAAACAGAUCCAUGUAUUUAAUUAGCUUUACGUUUGAGUUUGUUU